AUGAAUGACUUUCCUAAUGAUCUAAUUAAAAAUCUUCCUCUGAAGUCUUCAACUCGUGUACCCAGUAACUUAUUAAAAAAAGACAGUUCCAAAGAUGGGAUUCCAAGUUUGGAUGACACUUGCCGUACAUCAAAGCAAAGUGGAACUGAGACACUAUCUGUUUUCAAUUUUGGAAAAAGUAUUUUUACAAACGACUCAAAAUUGAUGAAUGUACAAAGCAAGCUCUCACUGGAAUUUGUUGAUGAGAAACAUGAAAAUCUAUUGACUCUAUCUUCGCCGUUUAUCUGGUAUAUUUUCCACUCAUCUCUCUUCUUAUUUCAUCAUUUUCAUAGAAAAGAAAAUUCCCUCCAAAAUUGGCCAUUCUAA